AUGGUCGAUGGUGAGAGAUUCGCGAUUACCAGAAGGAAUGCUCUGGUGGCAGCAGGUCUGGGGCUGUUCUUUGUAAUUGCCUCCAGGCGGGAACGUAUUUUAAGUUAUCUCAGACGGCUGAGGGAUCCACUCGGCCACAGACGCAUUGAAGUUAUACAAACUGCGGACGACUGCCACAGGAUAGUAACCGAAUUGAAAAAGCAUUGCCAUUCGUUUAAGGUCUUGGGGUUCGACUGUGAAUGGGUAACGGUGGGUGGGACUAGGCGCCCGGCCGCGUUGUUACAGCUAUCAUCAGAGAAGGGUUUAUGCGCCUUAUUCAGACUAUGUAGCAUGAAGCAAAUCCCAAAGAGCUUACGAGAAUUAUUGGAAGAUGAUGAAGUUCUCAAGGUAGGAGUUGAUCCACAUGGGGAUGCAAAGAAGUUAUGUCACGACUAUGGUGUGGGAGUUGCAAGUACUUUCGAUUUGCGUUUUCUAGCUGCAAUGACUGGACGAAAGCCAUCUGGUUUGGCAAAUAUGUCCAAAUCAGUAUUGGGUGUUGAAUUGGAUAAACACUGGCGGUUGGUCUGUUCAGAUUGGGAAGCAACGGAACUCAGUCCAAAGCAACUGAACUAUGCUGCAAAUGAUGCUCUUGUUGCUGUGGAAAUCUUUAAGAGGCUGACGAAGGAACUUUUGCCCAAGCAUUUUUGGCAGUUACAUAAAAUCGACUUUGAAACAAUUCGGUCAAGGCUGGACCCAUUUUUAGAGGCAUCCUUCAAGGAGGGUUACUUCAAUCCUAAUACCAAACUCAACAAGUCAAAACGAUUUGCACAAACGAGUCAGAAAAAGACCGAAUCCGAUUCCAAAAAACUGCAGGUUAGAAAAUAUACCACAUCGGCGAGAUCUAAAGUUUUAUAUGACAAUUGCCUGUUGGAAGCGCCAGAUGGAGAGCUGUUGUGUACCAUCGACAAACGUAAAGCAAAGUGGUAUGUUGAAAGAAAUCUGGGAACUGAAGUAAAUUGUGAGCCAUACACAGUUCGUCUCAACUUUGAACCUGCUGGUCGUGCAGAAGGCGAUGUUGGCAAAUACUAUCAAACUCCAAAAGAAAAUCAAUGUGUGGUUUGUGGUCACAGGGAAGCUUAUAUUAGGAAAAAUGUUGUUCCUCGGGAAUAUCGAAAACAUUUUCCAGUUGUCAUGAAAACCCACACUUCACACGAUGUGCUUCUAUUGUGCCAUUCCUGUCACCAAAUAAGUAACAUAUCCGAUUUGAAAAUCCGCCACAAACUCAGCACAAUGUGCGAUGCUCCAUUCACCCAGGAUGAUUGUUCUAUCAAAUACAAAGAAAUACCGGAAUUGAAAAAAAUAAGAUCCGCUGCUCGUGCCCUGCUAAAUCAUGGCGAUAAAAUAAAUGAGGCCAGGCGCAAGGAGCUAGAAGCAGUAUUACUCGAUUACUACGAAGAAGAAUCGGAACUAAGUGUUGAAUUGUUGCAAACGGCUGCCGAAAUAAACACAAAGGAAAAUAAUGACAACUACUGCCAUCAUGGAGAGAAGGUGGUUCAAACGUUCCAAGAUAAGUUAGGCGGCCUGAUAGAAUUGGAAAAAAUAUGGCGACUGCAUUUCCUAAACACAAUGAAACCUAGGUUUUUGCCAUUACAUUGGGAUGUGAACCAUAACGCCAAUAGACUGGAGAUAAGAGCCAACGAAGGACGGGUUGAGGAGGCGGAUUUAAAACUUGCCGGUCUAUUACCUGAUGGAAACAAAAAAGUCAAUAGCACUAGCAACAAGGAACAUAUGGCAGGCGUACCAUAA